AUGAGUACGAUAAGUUGGAACUGUCGUGGUUUGGGCAAUCCACAGACAGUUCGAGAGGUGGUGGACAUGGUGUCCCGUAAGAAGCCCGAUUUCGUCUAUCUAAUGGAAACAAAGGUAGAUCGGAGUCACGCAGAGAGACUACGAGUUAAGAUUGGUUUCGAGGGUCUAUUCUAUGUAGAUCUAGUGAGGGGGGGUGGUGGCUUAGCACUAUUAUGGAAGAAAAAUAAUACUGCUAGGCUGUUGAGUUACUCAAAGAAUUAUGUGGAUGUGGAGGUGGCUAUAAGGGAGAGGAUAUGGCGAAUGACAUGUUUCUAUGGGUAUCCACAGAGACAUAGGCGCAGGGAAGCAUGGCAAUUGUUGAGUGGAUUGAGGGAUAAGUCUACACUGCCAUGGGUGGCAUUGGGAGAUUUUAAUGAUUUGUUUUGUGGCCUGGUCCAGUUGCCAAUGCGAGGUCAUCAAUUUACAUGGGAAAAAGGGAAGGGGACUGAUAAAUGGAUGGAGGAGAGGCUGGAUAAGGUGCUGGCGUCUGCACGCUGGACUACACUGAAUACUGAGGCAUGGGUGGAGAAUAUUCUAACCCGAAAAUCUGAUCAUUCGGCUCUCUUUUUGAACACUGAGGUAAUGCGUGGUCGUAGAUAUGGGGGACCGAGACGGUUCCGCUUCGAGAUGGCAUGGGUCCAUGAUGAUGGAUGUCGGGGGGUGGUGGAGAUAGCGUGGCGGGAUGGAAGGGAUAAGGGGCUGUUGAUUUGUCAGCAGCAUUGUGGGGGAAGGCUGAUGCGGUGGGGUGGGGAACAUUGGCAUAAAUUUGGUGACCGUAUCAAGCAGUUGAGGAAGGAGCAGGAUGAGAUACGACACAGACGGGAUUCGGCAGCAUUGGCCGAAUUUCGUGAGAUUGAGGAAAGGUUAUUGCAGUUGGAGAUGCAGGAGGACGUAUUUUGGAGACAGCGGGCGAAGCAGCACUGGCUGCGCGGUGCGGACUGCAAUACCAAAUUCUAUCACAGGUACGCUUCUGCUCGUAGAAAGAAAAAUUAUAUUCCUAGAUUAAAAGAUGAUUUGGGUGCAUGGGUAGAGGGGGAUAAUAUGAAGAAAGUGGUCUUGGAAUAUUAUACUGCUAUUUUUACAUCAUCGAGUACUGAAUGUGAGGAUCCCAUGCUCGAGAAUUUUGCUCCCCGUGUGACUAAUGAGCAGAACAUUAUGCUUCUCCGCCAGUUUGAUUUGGAAGAGGUUAAGAGUGCUUUGUUUGCUAUGUUCCCUGACAAAGCGCCAGGACCGGAUGGCUCACUGCCUGAGGGUUUGAAUGAUACUAAUGUAGUCUUGAUCCCAAAGAAAGAUGUGCCUGAGACAGUAGCUGAUAUGAGGCCAAUAGCUCUGAGUAAUGUUCUAUACAGAAUCAUGGCAAAGAAAGCAGUGUGGAAGAAGGGGUGGGCGGCUUUGAAGUUGGAUAUGGCCAAGGCAUAUGAUAGAAUGGAAUGGCAGUUCCUGAGACGGAUGUUGGAGUGGGGGUGUAACACCAACAAGGGGGUUACGGCAGGGAGAUCCUUUGUCCCCGUAUUUAUUUCUCAUAUGUGCGGAAGGGUUGUCUACAUUGCUGCAGAGAGCACAAAUGACGGGUUUGCAAAUAAUGGGGAAGCAGAAGUAAUUAAACAGUGCCUGAGACGAUAUGAGGAACUCUCAGGUCAGAAGGUAAAUUAUCGUAAGUCCAGUAUUUACUUUAGCAGAAAUACCAGUGUGGAGGAUAGGGAGGAGGUGGCGAAUUGUUUGCAGGUAGACCAGGCACCCAAUUUUGGGAAAUAUCUGGGAUUACCAUCUUUUGUGGGAAGAAACAAGAAAGCAGUGUUCUCAUAUAUUGAGGACAAGAUAAAGCAAAGAAUAACCUCUUGGAACAAGAAAUUUCUGACGCAGGCAGGAAAAGAGAUUUUAUUGAAAAGCGUGGCACAAUCUAUGCCUACCUUUUCAAUGAGUGUCUUUUUGAUUCCGGAUUCAGCAUGGCGCCUACUCACAAGUCCGGACACGCUGGUUGCAAAAGUCUAUAAGGCAAGAUACUACCCGAAUACCACUUUUGUCGAUGCCAAAGUGGGAGGAAACCCGAGUCACACAUGGAGAAGUAUUAUGGCAGCUCAUCAUAUGGUAGUGGCGCGGGUACGCAGGAGAAUUGGGGAUGGUAAAACAACACUAAUCUGGGGACACCCAUGGUUGCCUGAUAAUCCUAGCCCCUUGAUACAAACUGAUAUGCCUGAGGAACUCAGGCAUGCUAAAGUGGCAGACUUAUUUGAGGAGCAGGACGUGGAUAGAAUAUUGAGGAUACCUGUUAGUCCAGGAUAUGAGGACUCGUGGUAUUGGCCUGGAGAUCCCAAUGGAAUAUAUACAGUAAAAAAUGCCUACAAACACUUUAUGGGAGUUUAUGAGCCCCCGCCUGGGAGUUUUGAGAAAUGGACUAAAAUAUGGGGAAUGAAAAUUCCCCCGAAAUGGAAGACUUUUUUGUGGAGAGCAAUCGGUGAUAUUCUUCCAACAACUAACAAUUUGAUUAUAAAGAGGGUGGAUGUGGAUCCGACAUGCCAAAUGUGUGGAUUGGAACAUGAGAAUGUUAUGCAUACAUUCAUCAAUUGUGAUUAUUCUAGACAUGUGUGGAAUAUUUCAGGAUUGCCAAUAACAAAUAUUGUUGGCAACUCAUUCCCCGAGUGGCUAACAAUUGUGCUUACAAUGUUCACAGAGGACCAAAGUGCAGCGGUGGUGGCUCUGCUUUACUGCUUAUGGAGGUGCAGAAAUUCGGCAGUAUGGGAUGGCACACAACCACGCCCUAUGGCGGUUUGGAGGCAAGCCACGGCGGCAUUACAAUCUUAUCGCCAAAACGGGACCCGUGGCACGACAACGCCGCCCGUGGCCACGGCGGAAACCGGCGCCACAACCGCCCCACGAUGCUAUGUAGAUGCAGGGUACAGGGACGACACGGGAGAAGCUACAUAUGGUAUUGUGCUACUGUCUCCGGAGGGAUCGUUUAUUGCAGCAAAAAAUGGGAGACUACCGAAUUCUUUAUCACCAUUCAUGGUGGAGGCAUUGGCAUGUAAGGAAGCUCUAUCCUGGCUUUUGGAGAAAAGUAUAACAACAGUAACAAUUGAGACAGAUUGUUUGCAGGCAGAUUAA